GAGCUCCAGCCGUUCCGAGCUCAGAGCGAGCGUGUUCGGGGACCAGGUGCGGAGCAAGGACCAGGACGGGGCUCAGAGCUGGGACCGGGACCGAGACUGGGACCGGGAUUUGGUGGUGGGUCUUAGUGCUCCAGAGUUGUCAUUGAAAUGGUCCAGCUUUCUCCUGCCUACCACCUCACCCCUGAGUGAUCUCUUGAGCCGAUGACCUCUGCUGAAUCUUCUCUGCCCAAGACAUUCUGGAAGAGAGUUCUUCCUAUUGUACCUCCCACAUCUACUUCUAUUACCCUGCUCUUCCAGGAACAGUAGAAAUGGCAGCUAGUACUUCCUUUGCUGAUCCCAGCUGUGAUGAUUUUGACCGAAAUGUGCCUCGGAUCUGUGGGGUGUGUGGGGAUCGCGCUACUGGCUUCCACUUCAAUGCCAUGACUUGUGAAGGCUGCAAGGGCUUCUUCAGGAGGAGCAUGAAACGGAAGGCCCUAUUCACUUGUCCCUUCAAUGGUGACUGCCGCAUCACCAAGGACAAUCGACGUCAUUGCCAAGCCUGCCGACUGAAGCGCUGUGUGGACAUCGGCAUGAUGAAAGAAUUCAUCCUGACAGAUGAAGAGGUCCAGAGGAAGCGGGAGAUGAUCUUGAAGCGGAAGGAGGAGGAAGCACUGAAGGAUAGUCUGAGGCCCAGGCUUUCUGAAGAGCAGCAGCACAUCAUCACCACCCUAUUGGACGCUCACCACAAGACCUUUGACCCUACUUAUUCAGACUUCAGCCAAUUCCGGCCUCCAGUACGAGGGGAUGAAGGUGGAGGCAUCCAUCCCUCGAAAUCAUCCUCAGAGCAUACACCCGGUUUUUCAGGGAGCUUCUUGACUUCAGACACUAUGGAGCCCAUUUCCAACCUGGAUUCUGAGGAUCCCUCUGUGACCCUGGACCUGUCGCAGCUCUCCAUGCUACCCCACCUGGCUGAUCUGGUCAGUUACAGCAUCCAGAAAGUUAUUGGCUUUGCCAAGAUGAUUCCAGGAUUCCGAGACCUCACCCCUGACGACCAGAUUGUGUUACUCAAAUCCAGUGCCAUAGAAGUGAUCAUGCUCCGCUCCAACCAGUCCUUCACCAUGGAUGAUAUGUCUUGGACCUGUGGUAGCCCAGAGUAUAAGUACCGUGUCAGUGAUGUCACCAAAGCUGGACACAGCCUGGAACUAAUUGAACCACUCAUCAAGUUCCAGGUUGGGUAAAAGCUAGACUUGCAUGAAGAAGAACAUGUCUUACUCAUGGCCAUCUGCAUUAUGUCCCCAGACCGGCCUGGGGUGCAGGAUGCAGCACUCAUCGAGGCCAUCCAAGACCGGCUCUCCAACACGUUGCAGACCUAUAUUCGCUGCCGCCACCCUCCACCUGGCAGUCACCUGCUCUAUGCUAAGAUGAUCCAGAAGCUAGCAGACCUGCGCAGUCUCAAUGAGGAACACUCGAAGCAGUACCGCAGCAUCUCCUUCCAACCAGAGCACAGCAUGAAGCUCACUCCCCUUGUGCUUGAGGUGUUUGGCAAUGAGAUCUCGUGACUGGGGCAGCCAGUGCUACUACCUGGGUGGGAGGUGCACUCCCAGGGGUCGUGCAAAUGGGCAUCCAGCUCCAGAGUCCUUUGGUUACUUGCUGCUGAGCAUCACUCCCCACCCCUCUGUAGCUCAACCCCCUCCUUGCCUUCCUUCCCUUCCUUCCCCCACCCCAGGUCAAUCCUUUCUCCUGUCCAGCUUGUGUGCCAGGGGUACCAGGACCUCUCCCCACCCCAUACCCUUUUGAAGGCUUCCCAGCCCCUUUGGACCUCAGUUAAAAGUCACUGUUUAUUUGACAAGGAAACUCAAAGGAGACAGAGAUCAGAGGGCAGGAGCCUGAAUGUUAAGGCUUGGCUUGGGGAUGGAUGCCUGUAUCUUCCCCAACAUGGCAGCCAGCAGGUUUUGUAAUCAUGUAAUAGACACAUGUCCACUCCUCAGGGACAGAGCCAUCUGUACCUCCAAGACACCUGAGUCCCAGAGGGAUCCUUCAGUCCCUGCCCCAUCUCCAAAGAUGAAUAAUCUACUUGCAUAUAUACAUUUCCCUGGCCAGCCUGUACCACUUAGGAAUUAUAGUAGGGGUGGAUUUGGGGAGUUCAGGAAGACUAGGAAAGGUGCAAGACAUUCAGUACAAUAGUUUUCCUGGGACAUGGUGACUGUGGUAAUAGUUACCUGCCUUCCCAAACUUUCCAUCCUUCCUCCCUGUCUCUUCGGUGCCCACACUGCUUAUGUAUCACCAUAGUAAGUGCUUCCAGAGCCUCUGUGGUAGCAGCAACAGCGGUAGUAAGCAGACCCCUUGUCCUGAGCUUGGGACCCAGUCAGCUGCAUCUUCAUUCAUAGAAUGGGGGCAACCAUCAGGGAGCUCACCUGCUAAGGGGGAUACGUGAAAGACAAAAGUUAUAAUGGAGAAAGCAAGCGAAGGGAAAUCCAUCUCUUGUCUUCUGUGGCAACUCCCAGGAAUGUCGAUAGCAGAAGGGCAGGGGGAGGACAUACAGAGCUAGCCUCCUAAGCCUUCACAGCCUCUUCCUGGAUUUCAGAGGCUGAGCUGUAAGGAGCUGUGGUGUGACAGAACCCAAAAAGCCCCUUGAAGCAGAAAGCAUCAUUCCCCACUCUAACCCCUAUCCCUCUCAUCCUAAGAGAAAGAUUCCCUGAGGUUCUUUCUCAUCCUGUUCCCCAUCCCUCCAGCCUCUGCUCCUUUCAUCCCUUCAGUUGGAAAAUUGGGAAGCCCUCCUUCUCAGUGAAUAAGGAGGACAAAGAAAAAAAGCUCCAGAAGUUGGCCCCCUUUCUCAAAAGAACUCUAUUCCCAGAAUAGAUACCCUUCACUCACCCACCACCUCAAGACAUCAUCCUGUAAGAGUCAACCCCAGAGCCAAGGUCACACUCUCCUUCCCAUUAGGCUGGAAUUCUCCUGCCUCAGGUCCUCACCCAAGUAGUGCUAAAAAUAUUCAAAGGGGCCUGGUGCCUCCUACCCAUUGGAGAGAAAGUAAGACUAGAGAACAAUAGCCCUGGUUCCUUUCUUUUCUUAUUCUCUACCUUGGGCCAGAAAGGAAGCCUAAAGGGACCCUGUUCUCUGCAUGGGACAGAACUUCAAGGUCAUCUGUUUUGACAAAGCGCCAAGCAGAGAGUAAGUGGGAUACCAUCACACAGGUUACUCAGGAAUGGGUUCAUUCAAUGAGAGGUGUCGGUGGGAAGGGUACAGUUGAUGUGGAAGGACAGUUGGGGUAAAGGGUUAUUCUGAAGCAGUAUCUUUCCAUGACAGGGAUUCUUAACAUAUUUGUGUCAUGGACCCCUUGGGUAAUCUAGUGAAGCCUUCUCAGAAUAAUAUUUUUAAAUG